UUUGAGUUUUCAGGUGGUUUCCUCUGCGAGCCGUUGACGCGUUUGGGCGCUUCCGUCACAGGUAUAGACGCCACCGAAGAGCUGAUCAAGAUAGCGGACGCACACAAGUCUUUUGAUAAGAGUCUCGAAAGUUUGAAUUACUCUUGGACAACUGUAGAAGAGUUCUCUGUUCAAAACAAAGAGAGUUUCGACGCUAUAGUUUCCUCGGAGGUCGUCGAGCACGUCGAUCAGAAGAAGAUAUUUCUGCAGAGCUGCGUCGAUUGUUUGAAACCCGGCGGAUCCUUCUUUCUGACCACCAUGAGUAAAACUCUUGUCGCUAAUGUCGUUGGCAUAUGCAUAGCUGAGAACAUUCUAAAUUUUCUGCCGAAGGGAACGCACGAUCACAACAAAUUCAUAUGUCCGCAUAACUUGCAACGGCUGCUGGAAGAAUGUGAUUGCACUACGAGGAGGAUUCAUGGUAUGACUUUGAACCCAGUUACGCGCCAAUGGAUUUGGAUUGAUAGCACGGACAUCAAUUACGCGUUGCAUGCCAUCAAAAAUAGCAAAACGAAUUGAUUCUUCGUUUUGGGAUUAUAAAUGAUAAACGGGAUUGUACAAACGAAAUUGUUAAUAAAAAUAAAGGGUUUAAUAUUGUUGAUCUUUACCAAUAAA